AUGACCACACGCCUCACUAUCACUAUGACCACACGCCUCACUAUGACCACACGCCUCACUAUCACUAUGACCACACGCCUCACUAUGACCACACGCCUCAACAUGACCACACACUUCACUAUGACCACACGCCUCACUAUGACCACACGCCUCACUAUCACUAUGACCACACGCCUCACUAUGACCACACGCCUCAACAUGACCACACACUUCACUAUGACCACACACCUCACUAUGACCACACGCCUCACUAUGACCAUGACCACACGCCUCACUAUGACCAUACACCUCACUAUGACCACACGCCUCACUAUGACCACAUGCCUCACCAUGACCACACGCCUCACUAUGACCACAUGCCUCACUAUGACCACACGCCUCACUAUGACCACAUGCCUCACUAUGACCACACGCCUCAACAUGACCACAUGCCUCACUAUGACCACACGCCUCAACAUGACCACAUGCCUCACUAUGACCACACGCCUCACUAUGACCACAUGCCUCAACAUGACCACACGCCUCAACAUGACCACACGCCUCACUAUGACCACAUGCCUCAACAUGACCACAUGCCUCAACAUGACCACAUGCCUCAACAUGACCACACGCCUCAACAUUACCACACGCCUCACUAUGACCACACGCCUACGCCUCAACAUGACCACACGCCUCACCACACGCCUCACUAUGACCACACGCCUCACUAUGACUACACGCCGCAACAUGACCACACGCCUCACUAUGACCACAUGCCUCACCAUGACCACAUGCCUCACUAUGACCACAUGCCUCACUAUGACCACAUGCCUCAAUCACAUGUCUCAACAUGACCACACGCCUCACUAUGACCACACGCCUACGCCUCAACAUGACCACACGCCUCAACAUGACCACACGCCUCACUAUGGCCACAUGCCUCAACAUGACCACAUGCCUCAACAUGACCACACGCCUCACUAUGACCACACGCCUACGCCUCAACAUGACCACACGCCUCAACAUUACCACACGCCUCACUAUGACCACACGCCUACGCCUCAACAUGACCACACGCCUCACCACACGCCUCACUAUGACCACACGCCUCAACAUGACCACACGCCUCACUAUGACCACAUGCCUCAACAUGACCACACGCCUCACUAUGACCACACGCCUCACUGUGACCACACGCCUCACUAUGACCACACGCCUCACUAUGACCACACGCCUCACUAUGACCACAUGCCUCAACAUGACCACACGCCUCACUAUGACCACACGCCUCAACAUGACCACACGCCUCACUAUGACCACACGCCUCAACAUGACCACACGUCUCACUACGACCACACGCCUCACUAUGACCACAUGCCUCAACAUGACCACACGCCUCACCACACGCCUCACUAUGACCACACGCCUCACUACACGCCUCACUAUGACCACACGCCUCACUAUGACCACACGCCUACGCCUCAACAUGACCACACGCCUUACUAUGACCACACGCCUCACCACGCGCCUCACUAUGACCACACGCCUCACUAUGACCACACGCCUCACCACACGCCUCACUAUGACCACACGCCUCACUAUGGCCACACGCCUCACUAUGACCACACGCCUCACUAUGACCACACGCCUCAACAUGACCACACGCCUCACUAUGACCACACGCCUCAACAUGACCACACGCCUCACUAUGACCACACGCCUCACCACAUGCCUCACUAUGACCACACGCCUCAAUCACACGCCUCAACAUGA